CCUGCCCAGGUCAAAAAUGUAAGACGGGAAGAGCAGUAAACUGUUUGUUAUUCUCAUCCAACUUCUAUCACAUCCUGCGCACACCUGAAAUACCAAGUGUAAACCAUGUCUUUCACUGGAAAAUCAUCCAGCCAAUCAGGCACAACUUCAAGCACAGGAUCCAUUAAUCCAGUGAGUGAAAGCAAAAGGACAACAUCCCUGCUAAAGGACAAUAGCUGGAUCAAGGCAAAUGUGAAUGAAGACCAAAAAGCUGAACAAGAGACAAACUACGGCAAAACUGUUUUGAGCCGUUACAAGUCCAAUGAAAACCUCACCAGCCCUCAAGAUAAAACUAGCAAAACGGAGACUAAAACCACCACUGUCACCACUUCACCUGGCUCUUCUGUUCAAGCUCUCAGUAAAAAAUUUGGUGGGAGCCAAGACAAGCUAAAGGAAACCAGAACCACAUCAACUAAAACAUCUGUGAAAUCGCAGCCCAGGACAAGCACUACCAGCACAACAACAACAGUCAAAAAUGGUACAAAGACAACUGAGACGACUGUGACCACUACCAAACAGGAUGUGGUGAAAUCAUCUACCAAACCUGAGACAGUCAUUGAUCGAAACCUGGCAGAUUCAAGUACCAGGAGAUCAGGUGACUACAAGACUACAAAACAAGAGGUCAUUACUGUGAACUCAUCAAAGGACACUAUUGAUGGACCAUCGUCACCUGUCAAGACUCCCACAAGCAUCAAAAGCUACACCAAGGAGGAAGUUUCACCAGCUAAAACAACAUCCUAUUCUGUCCAAUCCACAAAGAGCUCUGAGAAUCUCACACCAACGUCAAUCAAGACAACUAACACAAGACCUGAAAUCAAUGACUCCAAGACUGAAAUGGUUGCUGUGAAAUCAUCAAAGACCAUCAUUGAUACGCCAGCUUCACCUGUGAAGACCACCACAAGCAUCAAGACUUACACCAAGGAGGAUGUGACACCCCCUAAAACAACAACAUAUUCUGUGCGCUCCACAAAGAGCUCUGAGGAUCUCACACCAACGUCAAUCAAGUUAACUAGCACAAAACCUGACAUCAGUGACUACAAGACUGAAGUGGUUACUGUGAAGUCAUCAAAAGACAUCAUUGACAUGCCAGCUUCACCUGUCAAGACCACCACAAGCAUCAAAACCUACACCAAGGAAGAUGUUUCACCAACUAAAACAACAACAACAACCUACACCACAAAGGGUGACUACAAGACUGAAGUGGCUACUGUGAAGUCAUCAAAGAACAUCGUUGAUAUACCAACUUCACCUGUGAAGACCACCACAAGCAUCAAAACCUACACCAAGGAGGAUGUUACACCACCUAAAACAACAACAUAUUCUUUGCGCUCCACAAAGAGCUCUGAGGACUUUCUGUAUGAUACUCCUACUAAAACAUCAAUCAGGACAACUAACGCAAAGCCUGACAGCAGUGACUACAAGACUGAAGUUGUUACUGUGAAGUCAUCAAAGGACAUCAUUGACAUACCAACAUCACCUGUCAAGACCACCACAAGCAUCAAAAGCUACACCAAGGAGGAUGAUUCGCCAACUACAAUGACAUCGUAUUCCAUCCGAUCCACAAAGAGCUCAGAGGAUCUUCUGUAUGAUACUCUCAUACCGACGUCAAUCAAAUCAACAAACAGCAAACCUGACAGCAGUCGUGAGGAUUUGUCAUCCUCCAAAACUGUCAGAACCGUGUACUCGACAAGUGACAGAAAUGAGUGGAGUACAGUCACAAGUCCUUCUUACACCAGAACAUCAUACACAGAAAGCAGGCCUUAUGAUUACCUGUCUGACUCUCUCACAUCAAAAACUACUACGACUGUGUACUCAUCACCGGAAAGGAAAGUAAAUGUGAAGGACAUCUGCACAUAUUGCAGUCAAAGCAUGUACACGGAUGAAAAGAUUAUCUUGGAUGACAUGAACAUAAACUGUCAUGCAAGAUGUUUCAAGUGUGGGGUUUGCAAUACUUCACUGGGAAACCUGAAGGCUGGGGACAGCUUGUGGGUUUACCGCCGUGCAAUUCACUGUGAGAGCUGCUUUGGCGUCACUAAGAGCAAAUGGAACCGCUGAAACAGUUCCCACUGAUAAAGUGAGCUAAUGAAGGAGAUGAUGGCAAAUGUGAUAAAACUGCCUAUACAUUGAUUUAACAUGGACACGGGUCAUUAGAAUUAUGGUGGUGGACUUCUGUUUGAUAGAGUUUGGGGUUUAUUCAUUGUAUUAAUAUAUAUUUAUAUACUUAUAGAAGUACCAAUACUAAUAGGACUAUUUUAAAGGAAGAAUAACAUUAUUGCCAUAUAUUUUUAUGACUGCAUGAAAUACAAAAACACAUUUGUUUGCAUCUGCAUGAUUUUUUAUCGGUCAGAUGCGCUUGAUGUAUUUAAGGAAGUAUUUCUAUUAAAGAGAACUGAACAUGCUCUGAUCAAACCAGACAGCUUAUGUGUUAUGACAGGAUUCCUAUGAGAAUACAAAUAAAGAGCUAAAGUUAGCUAGAACCUGAGAGACUUUUCUUAUAUAAUAGGGUUUUGGGCUUAAAGAGAUGAUUUCAAUUAUACAACAACUUCAAUGACAACAAACACUUAAUACCCAAAUACACUUCAUUGAACAUGUAUUAUACACCUAGACCUCACCCUUUUGCAAGUAUACUAUAUACUGUAUAACUGUUACCUAUGGUUACAGUUUAUAUUGUCCACCCUAUACACAACUCAUUAAAUCUUUUGAUUUUGA